GCUCACCGCUAACCCAAAUGCAACUCUGGGCCGACUCGGAUUUGGAGGAAAUCUUCCCCUGCAAGUGGAAAGUGGAGCUAACCAGGGGAGAAUAAGGAUAAUAAAAUAGGCACACUGUGAGCGAAUCUCCUCGAGAUGGCGGAGCUCAAGGAGCUGGGCAUGUUCGAGCUGCGACCGCUGAUCACCAAUCUCAGCUGCAAGCUGUCUGCCGUUACAGCAGGCCUAGAUGAGAAGCAGUUCCUUUGCCUGGUGAGCGAGGAAAAUGAGAUCCUGCUGCGCUACAUCAGUGCCUCUGGACAGGAGGUGGUCAAGAUGAUAUCAUGGUUCCGAAAUCGUGUAAUCCACGCAGUCUGUUUUGAUCCUGCGGGCAUCUGGCUGCUGGUACUAUGUUUCGACAAUACGCUGCACAUCGUUCCCGCCCUGGCUCUAGUAGACAAGACACAUAGCCUGGCCGCCUGCUCGUUAUACAGCACUAACCAGGUGACAUCCUACAUUAUCCCCUUCGUGGGGCCCCAUGAGUGCCCCAACUCAAAGAAGUGCCCUAAUCACUCCACCGGUCAGUCGGAGCCUCAAGUGGAUGUUGUUCAGCAGCUAGCGGAAAACCUGGAGCAAGUCAAUCUGGAGGACGAACCCCUAGGUCAUGAUCUCCCAGAACACAUGCUGGUUAAAAACCAAGGGAUUGAUCUCGAUGCAUCUGCGGGGACUCAGCAGCCCCAAAAACCGCCGCCCGUCCAACCGUUUGAUGCCACUGGCAAUAGUCAAGUUAUGGCCACCUCCUUCAUGGCGUCCACGACCUGUCCCUAUCCAUUGUCAGUGGUGUGGUGGAAGACCAAUCACGGUCUAAAUAGGGCCAUUAUUGGGUAUUCAGAUGGCUCUAUCUGCUUCGUUGGUCUCAGUCCAAACUGCCCCAUGAUCGCGAGCACUGCUAUCGAAAACGGAUCUGUGAUGCGGUUGGUUAUCUGCAAGGACAAGGCCUAUGAUGGCGUUAUGUUGCUGAUAACUUCUUCGCUAAAACAGCAGUACAAGCUGCUGCUUGAGCAGAGGGCCAUCCUGUAUGUCUAUCCAGGUGAUAGCUCACCUACGACCCGUGAGGGAGCAUGGCAAAUCGUAAUGCCCGUACAAGGAAGGCAGCAAGGUGUGGGGACGGGCGCUCGGCAAAGCAACAGCUCUGACCCGGCCUCAGAUAACAGCCAACUGGAAGAGGAUGUAUUUGCACCACCGUCCAACGAAGAUGCGGCACCUAGCGGCCAAUUGGCACCAGCUGCAGACACUUCCGCCAUCCCGGCUCCCACAGAGUCCGGAAGUGCAGAAGCACCUCCCCCAGCACCACCGUCGUACAGUGAAGCAGUGGCGCGGCAAACUGUGGAGCAGCAGGGUGGCGUUCGUUUCCAGCAGCAGUCGCUCGCAGCGGGCGCUAACAACAUGGAUGGCAUCUUGCCGGCCACGAGAGCACGGCUGGCCUCGCUCAAGAGUCUGGGCUCUAAAAAGCUGCAGGCCAUCAAGAUGCGACUCUCCGACCAGCGUCAAAAGUUUGAUGAAUUUAUGCCCGACUCAUCGAUGGCCAGCUUUGCGAUAAUGGACUCGCCGUCAGUGACUCCUGAGCCACUGGGCACCACGACUGGCUCGUUUUAUACCAUCCAAAACCUGCGCAGCACCUUUUUGCUGAGUGCUUUGCACAGCAAUAGCCACAGUUUGACCGUGCAUAGCAUAGACAUCAGUUUGAAGCCGCUGUUCGUGUACAAGAUACCCAAGCACACCCAAGAAAUACUCAUAAGCUCCAACAUACUCUACGGCAUACACUAUGUGGACCUUCACUGCAGAAGCGAUUCGGCCAUCUCCACGGCAGCCUCAUCGUUAGAAGAGCCGCUGGUGGUUAAUACCGAUAAGGAGAAUCGGGACGCGGACACCGAGAAAAUAGAGCAGGCGGAGGUAAGUGGUCAGAAGAGCGACACCACUAGUGCCACCACUACCACUACCUCGAGCCUGGAACAAAGUGAAAUGCCUAGUAACGCAAUCAACGCCGUGAGCGUAAUAAGCAGCGCCAUGGCUUCUUUGCACACCUCUGACGAAGACCGCUUUAACUCCCUGGCACAGAUUGGACUCUUCCGCUUCGAACAGGAAACUGUGCUGCACUUGUAUCAGAUGGCGCAAUAUCGUAAUCCUGCCAGCCAGCCAGAGACUUUGACCAAAGAAGAGAAGGCCAAGGCUUUCGAAAUCAAGGACAUUCAUACGCCUAUGGAUUAUAUUCAGUUUUACGAUUCGGCCGAUGUGAGCAGUGAGUUUUCGUUGCGGCAGAUGGAAAUAAUGCAAUCGGAGUUUCCGAAAAUCAACUACGAUCCCAGCUAUGUGAUUACCAACAAGAAUGUAUAUGCCAUUCAGCUCAAAAAGGAGCCGUUUGAAUUGUUCCUCGAUGCCGCCUUGCAGAGCGAGUGGAACCAGUGUCGGGAUUUCUGCAACACCUUCGACCUUUCAUUUGAACAGUGCAUCGAGUUUGCCGGCGACUACCUUUUGAGGCGCAAAAAGAUCACCCAGGCUCUGCUCACAUACAACGUGGCAAGGGUCAAGCCCAUCCGGACAGCACUGAAGUUAGCCAUGUACGGACACACAUAUGCUCUAAUGCAGUUGAGUGCAAUGGCGCUAAAGUCCACAUAUCUUCUGCGAUCGCGGUAUUUGGGGCACCCCAUGCUUAAGGGUUGUUUGGAUGACAUCACCUAUCGACACUCUGAAGAUGUGCGGGUUAUCCUGCCAGAGAAACCACCGGAGGAGGAUGUGAACAGCGGGGCCUUUUGUAGUGAUUAUAAAUAUGGAGUCGACGAGUCAAUUAGCGCCCUCCAAAUGUCGCCCUCUUCUCAGUUCCAUUUGGCCAACUUGCUGCUCAUAACGCUGGCCGAGAAGGCUGUCAACGACAAGAACUACAUACCGCUUUGGAACUUCCUCGUGACUAAUAGCAAAUAUCACACUAACAUGACGAGUAUAGUUCUCUGCCAGAGCGGUCUGUUUUCCUCCGCCGUCAUAUUAGCUAAAAUACGUGGCGUCUGUCUGGAUACCUUUAAUGCCCUGAUCAGUGUCGUUGCCCAGGAGUUUGGGUGGUAUAACGAGCUGAACGUUUGCCUGUAUAAUCUUAGCGAGAACAUAUUUAUGGAGACAAUAACAUUUCUGCCGCACGUAUCCAUGGACUACUUUGCUUUCAUUCAGGAGAAGCUCGAUCAUAUAAGGCCCUGUGUGCUGCAGCGAUUGGCGAAGCAAUUGAACCCAUUUUCAGCUGCCCUUCGCCCAGUUGUCUCACACAACAGCGAUUGUGCGAUCUCCAACGAUAAUAAUCCCCAAUUGUUUGAGUUCUGCAAGAGUCUUAUCGAAACCUAUUUGGCAGUUCUCAUACACAUGGAAUCCCAGCGAGUCAAACAUGAUUCCAUAGAGAAUUCCUUAUCGAAUUUCCGCAUCAACUAUGAAGACAAUCAGUUUGCCAUCGAAUCAUCACGCUUCAAACCGAUCUCAGCUGGUUGUGCCUACUGCUCUUGUGUGGUGGAUGGCACCGCAUAUUUUUGGGGCUCCAGUGGCAUUCCUAGCUAUUAUAGUGCUCAAAAGUCCACAGAGCCCCCAGAACCAGCUCAUGCUGUAAAGAGCUUGGAUCUUCUCUCCCAGCUUAAUUUGCAGGUGCAUGCCAUCAAGUGUGGACGACAGCAUACACUUAUACUAACUAAUAAUGGCUUGUACUCUGUGGGAAAUAACAAUCUCUGCCAGCUAGGAAUUGGCCGCCACAUGCAGAUGGCAUUGCAACCAAUGCUUGUGUCGGCAUUAGAUGGGAUGAACAUCACCUUGCUAGAGGCUGGCCAAUAUCAUAACGCAGCCGUAGCAGAUGGAAAGCUUUAUAUGUGGGGAUGGGGCGUUUAUGGGCAGCUGGGACAGGGAUCCUGUGAGAACAUAGCUACACCACAACUAGUCAGUUUUUUCAAAUAUAAGAAAAUUUUACAAAUAUCUCUUGGCCAUGCACACACCCUGGUUCUGUGCGGGGCUUCAAGUAGCUACAAGGAGGCUAACAAUUGCUGCACUGAGCUCUUCGUAUUCGGAUCCAAUCAUUUUGGGCAGCUGGGCACUGGCAAUAGUGAUCAGGGCGGCGACACCAAGACGAAUCUGCCAGUGCGCCUGGAGACGGGCGGCUGCAGCCUAAGACUGAUACACACCAAAUUUUUUACCAAUUUAGCUGUAGAUGAUCAGGAGCGUCUGUACACUUGGGGGAGCUCGCCACAGGCCUUGCGCCUGGCCAAUCAGAUCAAACGAAGGGCAAACGCCAAGCAAAAACUGGAGGAGAACCAGCAGAAGGAGUUGCUGAGCAAGCAGCUGGAAGCUACACUGGUGCCGGCGCCAAACAAUACCACUACAAGUACACUCGUAGAGCCCACCACAUCCUACGCUGCCGUGGUUGCAGGCGCCACUCCGAAAGCUCCGAGUGAGACCAAAGAUAGCCAGGAAGACGAAAACGAAGCUGCGCCGUCUGAUGCUACCGAAUCCAUCGCCCCGGCGUGUAAGCGAGAUGCGGAGAUACUUAACCCGAUCCCACCACCAGUAUCUGCAGGGCCGACAGCUCCGACGGCGCCUACUGCCCCUGCUCCAGCCACCGAGCCAGAUCCAUCGGAGCAUCUGACACCGCAUCUGGUGGAUACUAGUGAGGUGGCUGGUCAAAUUCUCCAGAUCUCUAGUGGCCUGUUCCACUUUGCUCUGAUCUCGUCCACCUGCACGCUAUACACGUGGGGAAAAAACUUGGAGCACCAGCUUGGCACUGAGGACAAGGAUCGCCGGGCAGUGCUGAAACCAUCCCCUAUUGACAGCAUUGAGAGUCCGAUGUACGUCGACUGCGGAGCAGACUUUACGUUGGUAAUGACCACCGAUUAUAUAGUGCGGGCCUUCGGCGGCAACUCAAAUGGUCAAUGUGGCCGGGAUUUGGGACCCAGUAUAGAAAGAAUGCGGCAGCGUGUGGUGUGUUUGCCCUCGACCAAGCGACUGAUGCGUUUUGAGAGCCAAUGUGUGGAAGCGCCGGUGGAGAUUAAUUUGCCGAGACCACGAAUACGAUUGGAUCAGGACCCAGUUAGAUAUUUGAAGGUCAUGCCACCAUAUCAGCCGCACUUUUUGCAGCCGGCAAAUAUUAGCUUUGAUCAGCAUUACUCUGUGGGAUCACAGAACUACAAGAGCAGCACAGAACAUGCAGCCACGGGUCAGGAUUCUGAUGACAUGCUGAGCAGCCUAGAGAACUUGAGCCAGAACGAUGCCAGCUUCUCAUAUAAUGCCCCGUUGGCGGGUGAUGCGAACAGCUCGCUAGACAUGGACUACACGCCCGAGGAGCAGAGCUAUGUGCCGCUGCCGGAACAGGUUGGCGCCGGCAGCGCCAAGGCUGCAGCACAUGCGGAGCAGCUGCUGGGUCGAGACGACGACGAUGCCAGCACAUUUACAGCCAGCACUGAGGGUCUGGGUGAGUCAUCGGUGCAGCAGCUAAGACACUACAUACACUACUGCCUAUACGCCUUUCAUGGGUUAUACAACCCCGACAAGAUCGGCGAAUGUGCCCGUCCUAACCGAAAUGAGUAUCGCAUACGGAUCUGUAUGCUCAACUUUCGAUUUGUGGAAGCCUUUCGGCUGUGCCUGCAAAGCUGCGAUUCCGCUCAGCGCACCUUAAAGUUGUUUGAAUACUUUAGCAAAGAUACUGGUUAUGUUCCGCUCAGAAGAUGCGAUCUGAAGCACCUUAUCUAUCACCUGUGUCUGCACUUCCUUGAGCGCAAAUUUGAUAUGCUGGAGUGCGAGCGUUUCUUUAUGGGCGAUCUGGACUACUAUCUGCUGGAGCUGGCCUACGUAUUUUACUUUAACAACAACAACUCGACGCUGGAGCAGAAUCUCAACCAGAAAUUCAAGCAACUGAUUGCCGCGGCAGACAGCAAUCAGACGGCUCCGCUGACGGGACAGGUGCAGCAACCGCUGCAGGAUACUGAUAUCAUCUUCGAUAGCUUUACGGUCAAGUUCAAGACGAUCUUGUGCCAGCGUCUGCUCAGCUACUCGGACAGCGAGGCUAACAAUUAGCUACCGUUUCCGGUUCCGGUCCUGUAUCCCGUCUUCUUCCGUUCCACUCGCAUCAGUUGAGGGUCGGGCUCUUCUUCGUCGACUUGUUUUUUGUGUUUUAAGUUUUCUAUGUAAAUUUUGGCCCAGGAACCGGGGAACAUAUACACACACCAACAUCUCCCUUAUCCCAUUCAUGUUUACGCGUAAUUAUAUAUAUAUCAUACUUGUUGUUUGCGGUUAUUUAUACAUCAAAUGCUUUUUACAGCGCUGUUAUUUAAACAAAAUAUUUAAGACAAACAAAUUGUUUAAUGAAUCCAAUUUUGUAACGCUUUGUUUGCCAUUGGCUGCUUUUAUUUGUUUACUCAAUAAAUUAAAAAACAAAAAAAAUUGUAAUAAAGUAAUCGAAAUCCAAAACUGUGCUCAUCGAACAGAUCAAAUGGAGGCUGCAGGAUAUACACAUAUACCAUACAAAUUUAUGUUUUUUUAUUCGAUAUUCAGCUUGUGAUUUGCAAUUAUUUAAUAAAACCGGAUAGAGUUAAUAUAAAUCUACACGCAUAUAUGAUUAACAAUAAAAAGAUGUUUAUACCAUUAUAAAAA